UCCAUUUUUCAAAGCAACAUGGGGCAACACCUCACAAAUGAGGAAGGGGAACCAAUUGAAAUUGAUGUGGCCGAAUUGCAGGAGUGGUAUAAGAAGUUUGUAAUGGAAUGCCCAAGUGGGACACUCUUCAAGCAUGAAUUCAGACGAUUCUUUGGGGUUCAGAAUAAUGAAGAAGCAUCGGACUAUGUGGAAAGCAUGUUCAAAGCUUUCGAUAAGAAUGGGGAUAACACCAUUGACUUCCUAGAAUAUGUGGCUGCUUUGAAUCUGGUGUUGCGAGGGAAACUGGAACACAAAUUGAAAUGGACAUUCAAAAUAUAUGAUAAAGAUGGAAAUGGCUGCAUAGAGAGACCUGAACUCCUAGAAAUAAUUGAAGCUAUAUAUAGCAUUAAGGAAGCAUACAAGUCUGAAGAAGAAAGAGCUGUUCCUGGUCUUACCCCAGAAGAGGUUGUGGAAAGAAUAUUUCAACUCGUAGAUGAGAAUGGAGAUGGACAUUUAUCUUUGGACGAAUUCCUAGAUGGAGCACGAAGAGAUAAGUGGGUAAUGAAGAUGCUACAGAUCAAUGUAAGCCCAGGUGGAUGGCUUGCCAAUCAGAAAAGAAAAACUUCAGAGGCCUAAUCAUUGCUUGUAUUAUUUCAAAAGUGUAAUGAGAAAGAAAAGUAUUCCUUGUCCUUCAUUCUGUUUUUCCUUGAUAGCAGCAGGCUGAGCUCUAGGGGGAAAAACAAUAUAAUGCUGCUUUUUAAAUUAUUCUGCUGUUCAUCUAGGCCACUGCCAUGGAACAAUUGCUAUGUCAUGGUAAUUUGCGGGGAAAAAUUAAAAACCCACCUGAAAUGUAGGGAUGAUGACUAUUUGGGUGGCUAUAGCUGAUUUUAGGCUAUUGACAGUGUUGGCAAAAGAUCCAACUCACAACUCAGGAUACUAGCAACUACCUCAUAUUGCUUACUUCUUACCCCAGACUUAGUUAUCAGAAAAAGAUGACAUGCUUAAAAAUAAUGCCUGGCCUAUAUAUUUCACACAGCAAGUGGUAUCAUAUGAUCAAAUGUUCUGUCAAACAGGUCCAUAUAUAGCUAAAAUUAGCACAUCAGGAAAAAGCUAAAGUUUUGUAAUCUUAUGGGGAGAAGCAAAUAAUCCAGUGGUGAGGGUUUGCAAACUAUCUGGUUUGCACAAUAUAUUGACUUAUAAACAAGUGAGAUAUACUGUAGCUUAUCAUUUAGAGCAAACUCAACCAUUCAAUGUGAAUGUAGCCCAAAACAGCAUCAGUAGAUACAAUUGACAUUCUCUUCAGCACGCUGAUUUUUGUAGAUGAUCCAUGGAAUGGGUGAAAUUCUCCGCAGAAAAAUGCAAAAAUCAUUUGGAGUAUUGAAAUAAUUUGAUUUCAGUGAACUAAGGUCUCUCAGCAGCAAUAGUAAAUACUAGUCUUGAAUGUAGGUCAGAAAAGAUGACAACACAGCCCUUCCAGUAAGUUAGCUAUGUGUUAACCAUGUUUUCUAGAACUGGCUUAGAAAAAGAAAAGAGUUUUCAUAAGUUUCCUUUGGUCCCUGCUGCUCAGAAAAGAAUGGUCUCCUGAUCUUAGAAUGUUAUGAUCACAGGUUCAACCAAUGGCACACUUAUUUUUUAAAGUUGUCAAAAAUAUCAGAUGAGAAGUACAGCAUACGAUUUUUCUUAUGCAUAGGAGCUUUAAAAUGUUACACUAAGAUCUUAAUAUUUUGUGUAAUAUUAAAGCUGCAAAGCUGCAAAAUUUUGCUGAACUUCAUAAGCUGCAAUGGAUUUAUAGUUAAGGAUCACUUCAUCUACCUUUGAUUUUGGUCUUUCUGAUCAACUUGGAGAUGAGAAGAAGAUAUUUAAUGGGGCAAUUUCUUCAAUCACUUGCUGGAGAGAACCCUGAUAAAAAAAAUUAUGUUCCAGUUCUGCUUCCCCCAAAUUUUAUCUUCAAUUGUAACUUCUUCACAAAAAAUCCACAGGUCCAAUAUAUGUGCAUAGUCACUACUUUGAGUGAAGUUGGUAGAUCUGUACCUUAUCAACUUAACAUUCUCAAUAUUGUUACUAUAGUAAUUAGGUAAAAGAAAUUCUGCAAAUUAAUAAUUUAUCUGCAGUCAAUACCUGCAUUAAUGCUAGGUAAAAGUUAGAAUCUAAAAAUGUGUGUGACUUAGAUUUGGACUUUUGUCCCAUGGCAACAUCAAAAUACACUUUUGAGUGUCAUACCUUUUUGUGUCCCUCCCAAAAAUCCUUGAUAUAUACUCUUUUUUGUGAGAUAUCCCAUAUAGAAAUAAGGAUGUAGGUUCAUUCUAUGCAUUAAUGCUUUUUUAUUAUUAUUCCAGUGCCAGAAAAAUUUAACUCCUUAAUACAAUAAUACAAUACAAUAACAGAGUUGGAAGUGCCCAAU